CACCCGGUUUUUGAAUUUUAUUUCAAAUUCAAAAUUUUCAAUUUCGGUUCAAUUUUCAUUAAAAUUUCACUUAUAUCGGAUGAUUUUUCCAAAAUGAACAACAUUCGAGUGAGAAGAUACCCUCAAGUUUUGAGAUUUUGCAGGAAACACUAUUCCACCAGCUUCGUAACUACACCAAUUUUCUACGUAAAUGCUGCUCCUCACAUAGGUCAUCUUUACAGCGCAGUUAUAGCAGAUGCAUAUCAUCGAUUUGAGGCCCUAAGAAAUCCGGACAAAACCGCUAUUUUCAGCACAGGCACCGACGAACACGGUAUAAAAGUCCAACAAGCAGCCGGAAGCAAGGAUCCGAUAUCGAUAAAGAAAUAUUGCGAUACAAUCUCCACCAAAUACAAGGAGUUAUUCGACUCGAGCGGUGUAAAUUACACCCAUUAUAUUCGUACAACCGACUCGGAUCACAAAACCGCUGUACAAACAUUCUGGAAAGAGUUACAAUCAAAAGGAUUCAUAUACAAAGAUCACUACAGCGGUUGGUACUGCGUACCCGAUGAAAUGUUCCUUACCGAGAAUCAACUCGUCACUAAAGUAGAAAACGGACGCGAAAUAAAACUAAGCGAAGUAUCGGGACACCCGGUAGAAUGGAACGAAGAAGAAAACUAUAUGUUUAAACUAAGCAAGGUGAAAUCCGAUGUGCUAUAUUGGUUAAAAGAUGAAACCAAAGUUACCCCUUCGAAAUUCCACAAACAACUUCUAGUAUGGCUUAAUGAAGAUCACGGAUCUUUCGAUAUCUCUAUUUCUAGACCAGUUUCUCGUAUACCUUGGGGUAUCCCUGUACCAGAUGACGAUUCGCAAACAGUAUACGUUUGGUUGGACGCAUUGGUUAACUACUUGACCGUAGCCGGAUAUCCAAAUUGCAGAACUUGGCCUCCAACGGUGCAAGUCGUCGGCAAAGAUAUACUCAAAUUCCACGGUAUUUAUUGGCCCGCGUUUCUAAUAGCUGCUGGUUUAGAACCACCUAGAAAACUAUUCGUUCAUUCGCACUGGAUGGUGAACGAUGAAAAGAUGUCCAAGUCGAAGAACAACGUCGUCAAUCCGUUCGAAAAAAUUAGUCAGUUUACUGCCUCCGGUUUCAGAUACUUUUUACUCAAAGAAGGCGUUCCUCACAGCGAUGGAAAUUACAGCGAGCCUCAAGUGAUCAACAUGUUGAACGCAGACUUGGCCAAUACGCUUGGUAAUCUUUUGAACAGAUGUACGAGUAAAUCGGUGAAUUUGCAACAGGUGUAUCCGUCUUUCGAUCAGGAUCAAUUCGGCGAAGUGCUCGGAAAUCAUCCAUAUAGGCUCAAGUGUUUAUCAGAUAGUGUUUACAAGUUACAAAAAGCGAUCUCGCAACCGUAUCAAGAGUUACAUUUUUAUAAAGGUAUUUACGAAGUGCUCAACGUAUUGUAUUUAGCUAAUGCAUUUUUCGAACAAUGUAAACCGUGGGAAAUGAAGAAAAUUCCCGAACAAGCUGCUAAUUUGUCGAUGGUCUUACACAUAACUAUGGAGGUUUUAAGAAUAUGUGGUAUUGCUCUUUUACCAAUUGUGCCUGAAAUUUCGCAUCAGUUGUUUCGAAAGCUUAAUAUUUCGCCGAGUAGAACUGGUUGGAAGAAUAUGAAACCGAGCUGGCUUGAUAUUACUGUUAAAUGUGAAGAUAUUCCUUUAACGAACGAAUCAAUUGUGUUGUAUAGAAAAAUUGUUAAUAAAUAGGUUUUUUUUUGAAAUGUU